UCCCCAAACAAGAGACAAAUAGCCUGUCGCCGGCAUUCCUCACCACCGCCGCCUGUCCUUCUCACGACCCUUUUUCUCUUGUCGCCCUUUUGUCCUGGGACGGUCCCUUGUUGGCGCAAGACAUCUUUUUUAUUAUUAUUCACGCUUUAUAGGCCUCUCUACUCCUUACUCCUUCAUCCCAUGUUCUCUUUGCCCAGGUUGCUUCACCAAGCUCGCCAACAACAAACCAGAGGAUUGUCUUCAUCAACGCUGGGUUCAAACAAGAACAAAAAGCUAUUCCUACCUUGCAACCGCUACACGCAGCAUCACUAAAAGAAAAGAGGACAAGCAAGACAUCUCGCUGUUAAAAUAAAAUACGAAAGACCGCCAGCAGAGCAGAGCACGCCUUUACUAGUCUCACCAAAAGGGCCAGUAGUAACCAGAAGCCCCAAUUUCGCUUUCCCACCCCUCCUCCACCACCAAUCCCACCGCCAUCGCUACCCAGAAUCGGCCACUCUCUUCCUCUCCCCACCCUCCCCAAAAGCAAAGCAGCGUUUGCCAAAGGCCCAAGGGGGAAGAAACCGCUGCGCAGAGCAACGCAGGCAAAACGCCUCGUUCAUGCGACCACCGUCAGAGUAACCUAGCUGUCCUUCUACUUUGUACACUAUCAAGCACAACCGUCCUGCGCAAACACCGCCAGGCGACUCCACCGAUUGGCCCGCGGCCAAGGCCCUCAAACGAGCGAUUCCGACAAUGUCGCAACAGCCGGCUUGGCCAGACCACGCCUCUCACGAGACAGGCGCUGGUCAAUUCCACUCCUCCAUCCCCGACGACAAAUCUUCCUCUCGACAUCCCACAACUUCCCAGUCACUGGCUUCUGCCGCUGGAUCAGGCCCAAGUAAAUCUCUACGACCGUCUGUCCCUAGCCCACUAUCCAAGACGAGUGAAUACACAGACCUCGGCGCCACGCCGUCUCGAGGGACGACGUCGCGUACCAAGACAACGGCGGGUACCUUUUACACGGACUCUUCCAACCCUUCCAGUCCUGAGCUGGAUAGUUCAAGGCCUGACUUCCCUGAUACAGCGAGCGAGGCGACGACUCUGUCAGAACCCUUGACUCCCAAGGCAAUUCCCAAGCCGAACCAACCGCCGACUUCCGCCAUGGAGGGGCCGCUCACUUCAUCUCCAGGCGGACCAUCCACCCCUAUGCGGAAUACAUCUAUUGACCGAGCUAUUCACGCAAUUUCUCCCAAGACGCCGUCAUCGUCCCCUUCACAAAAAGCAGCCCAACCUCUGCCUGACAUUACCGAGCUGAUCAAAACCGCUGGAAGCCCGGAGGCAGCGAUCCAGUACCUGCUAAAGGACAAACAGUCUCAAUCCCAGCAAAAUAAUCAGCUAUGGAGGCUAGUUGAUAAGCAAAGAGCGAUGAUUCUAGGGUUAAACAAGGACCUGGAGGCCGCAUUAAAGGAGAAAGAAAAGUACAGACGCAAGCUGAAGGAGUUCAUGGCGAACCCAGCUGUGCUGAGGGCUGCUGGAGGGCAAACAAGCGAUCACAGAUCUCAACCGUCAGUUGCCAGCGAAGCCUCUAGGGAUGAACAGGCGUCUGCGCCUGAUUCUCCUGUGUUCGAAAACCCUAAGCGAUCACCUGCGGAGGUCAAUAUGGCUCCAUAUCCGAUCACGCCCCCUGCUGACAAGCCACACCAGUCUCCUUCCGCGGUCCAAGAUAUCUUAAAUCCCAACCGUGUCAUGCCCAAGGCUGAAGAGCACGCCUCUGGCAACUACGACCAUGCAGCACAAGAGAGAGCGGAAGAUCAGGCUAGAAAGGAAAAAGCCGAAGAACAGCUACGUGAGAUACCAUACAACGCCAGCCUUCCACCUUCACGGACAUUGCCAACUGCUCCUCCACCCUCAGUACCACCUCCAAAGGUUCCCGGGGCUUCUUCAGACCAACCAAAAGCCAUGUCAGAGUUCCCCGCGCCACCCAAGAAAGGACCGCCGACUCCUCUUCUUUUGGACCAAAAGAAGAAAGUGACACAGACCAAUCCACCAGCUGAAAACUCCGACUCUGACUAUGAUGAUGUCCUUGAAGUAAAUGGUGUGACACAUGGAGACCGCGGGCGACGACGAACGAGACAAGAAGAUGUCAAAGAGCGCGAGAUCUUAAGUUUGACUGGUGUCUCUGAUCACAACCCCAAGGAACAAGACGAAUCUGAUUACGAAGAAGACGAUGUACAAGAGCACCAACCCGUCCAGCAGACAUUGACGGUGGCAAGAGGCCUCGACUUUGGGUUACCUCCGUCUCUGGUCAGCCCAGGCCUGCCUGCGAGUCCCCGGCCCAACGCCAACUUUAUGAAGCAUUCGGCAUCACCACCUGCCUCUCCGAUGCCAGCACCUCCAGUAGACUCCCGUACAGCAAAGCCCAAUCAGCAAGCGCCGCCGAGUGCUGGUCUUCCUACAUCGUCAACGGUGUCAUCGAUUGACAGCGCGCAAUUUGGACCUCCGGUGACUGCUGCAAAAAGAGCUGUUGCCGGUUACCACCAACACAACAACUCCAACGAUAGCAGGACCAGUCCGGUUGAACGAACAAGAAUCUUCAAGGGUCUAAUGGUCAACGAAUUCCCAGACUUGCUCCUCCCUCCAAACUCUUUACCAAACGUUGAUAUCCGUGUUGCGUCUUCGAGGAUGAAGCCAUCACGAGCCAGUUUACUCUCAUUGACUCAACUGGAAGAAGACCCAGUCUUUACUCUUGCGAUUGUCUCUAGAAUUGAUAAUGGAGAGCUUUGGAGGGUGGAGAAGGACUCGGCCUCGCUGAUGAAACUUGACCAGCGUAUGAAGCAAUGCCCUGCAUUCACUGCCCGAAUUCCCGACCGCUCUCUCUUCAGUGGGCACUCCCCAGCGAAGCUUGAUGCACGGAGACUAGCAUUGGACGAGUACCUUUCCGAGCUUCAAGAGACUAGCCUCGAUAUUUCAACUACUUUGGAGCUUUGCAAGUAUCUGUCGUCUAAUACGCUACCACCAAACGCUGAUGAAACAGGGGCGGCUGUCAAGGCCACCAAAGUUGCCAAUACGCAAACUGUUGGACCCGAUGGGAUGCCGAUUCGCAGCGGCUAUUUGACAAAGAAGGGAAAGAACUUUGGAGGGUGGAAGAUGCGUUUCUUUGUGCUUGACGGACCUCACCUAAAGUAUUAUGAAACUCCAGGUGGCCCUCAUCUUGGUACUAUUAAGCUCCAGAAUGCUCAGAUUGGUAAACAAUCUGCUGAAGAGCACUCCCCUGCGAGAAAUGUAGGCGAGGAUGCCGAAGGACAAUACCGUCAUGCCUUCUUAAUCGGUGAGCCUAAAAAGAGGAACUCUAAUCAACUCAUCAAGCACGUGCUGUGUGCAGAGAGCGAUCGAGAGCGUGACCUUUGGGUCGAUGCGCUACUCCAGUGGACAGAACACCGAGAUGACGAAAGUGCGACGCCUAAGGCUUCAGCUCAAGACAGACAGCAUGUCGACACCUUUAAGAAGCCCGCUGCACCUCGCUCACAGCACCAGCAAGUCGUAGAGAGUGAACCCUUGGAAACACACCAUGAGCCUACCAGAGACGCAGAGGCCACUCAGUGGGUUGCCCAACGCCCAAAGACAUCCAGCUCCGCUGAGCAUGACAGCCCAGUAUCGGUGUCCACUGAGCCGCCAACUGCACCCCAGCAGCCAAUUUUGAUAUCAGGACCCAAGGAUGCACAGAUUAUUUCGGACGCGGCUUCCUGGGGCCAAAAGGCUGGCGGGCUUCCUGUUCCAGAAGAAAAGAAGCAAAAGAAACGAAGCUUCUUCGGCUUCGGCUCCAAGGCUACAAGGUCGUCCUCUGAUGGUCAAGAUUCCGUCUUUGGUGGCAGUGAGAAUGGAUCGGUAGCAAACUCACAAGCGACAUCAACACACAUCCCUGGUGUCUUUGGCAUUCCCUUGGCUGACGCUGCUCGCUAUCAUCCUCCAGCAGAUGCCCACAUCCCUCUUCCCUGCGUUGUAUACCGCUGUGUUCAGUAUCUGGAGGCCAGGAACGCCAUCUUGGAAGAGGGUAUCUUCCGACUCAGCGGAUCUAAUGUGGUCAUUCGACAGAUUCGGGAUCGCUUCAACACAGAAGGCGAUAUUGAUCUUCUGAAGGAUGAAAACUACUACGAUAUCCAUGCCAUAGCCUCGCUCCUUAAGCUCUAUCUGAGAGAGCUGCCUUCGACCAUCUUGACCAGAGAGCUUCAUAUGGCCUUUUUGUCAGUAGCGGAGCUUUCUACCACAGAGGAGAAAACACAUACUCUUGGCAACUUGGCACAACAGCUCCCACUUGUCAACCUUACUUUGCUACAGUAUCUCGCAGCGUUCCUGAUUAAGAUUAUCAACAAGCAGGACAUCAACAAGAUGAAUGUGCGCAAUGUUGGCAUUGUCUUUUCACCAACUCUCAACAUCCCAGCCCCAGUCUUUGCACUCUUCCUACAGAACUUUGAGGCUAUUUUCGGCAUCAACCCUGCUGACUACGAGCCACCACAUUUGCAACCAGAGGGUGAACCAUCAAGUCACUAUGAGGAUCCGCAUCGCUUCGAGGCCCCCGGGAGACCCUCUACAUCCUCUGGAAGCGCGUCUCCUCACCGUUUACACAGACUAGACAGGCAUGAACCUGCCCGAUCUACUCCCACGCCACCACUCGGAUCGCACCGCGCGGCAUAUGAACCACAGCCAACCAUGCUCGCCCACUCAGCGUCGGCAUAUAUGUCUGCGCCUACACGAGCCUCGCCCGCAUACGAAACCGAGUACGGUCUCCCACCUUCUAUUACUGUACAGGAUAUGCACCGCGGCGGCUCUAGUCACCACCGCCCGGGCUACGAUACGCAUGAUCACCAGUCUGGAGGAGUUCCUGCCUAUGAUCAGAAGUAUUAAGAUGGCGUUUAACAACAUGUUUUUAUCUUAUUUUUUGUUGCUAUACCACUUGGUAUGCCGAUACCAUCACAGCUUUUUAUGUUUUUCUUACAUGAUAUUGAUACCUACAACGGCUUUUCGUUUCUUAUUUUCCCGUCUCUGAGCAAGAGAGCGACUAUACAUCACAGCAAAUGCAAGAGACUUGCCAAAGCACCACCUAAUUCUGGCGUUGGAUCUUACUAUAUAAUUGACUCGAUAACCAACCGACUGGCUCGGGUGGAAUCGUUUACUAGAUACCUGGACUACCAACUUUGCUUUUAUGGUCUCUUUUCGGAUUUUGGGGGUAUUUUCUUUUGCCUUAUUGCCGCCAUGUUUUAGACGAUAACGAGAGGGCGAAUGUUCUUUUUGUGUUUUCCGGUGUGGCGUUUGGUUAUGGAAGCAGAGCAGAUUUCUACAUACGUAAUAUACCUUGAUGAAGAAUGAGUCUAUUCAGAUAGCUAAAAGAACCUAAAGUAUGUCUUUUUGUCGUGA